GAGGUGGUAGAGAGGAAGAGAGACAGAGGCAGAGGGCUUACCUCCGAUUUGGGCCGCUAUAGAGCGAAACAAUUACUAGUUAAUACAUCAAGCACACGAGAAGAUGCUCAUCAAAGAAUUUCGAGUGGUCCUGCCCAUUUCUGUGGAAGAGAGCUGUACUCGGUUGCGGAGGCCAGUAAGAAUGAGACCGGUGGAGGGGAGGGGGUCGAGGUGCUCAAGAACGAACCCUACGAGAAGGACGGGGAGAAGGGCCAGUACACACACAAAAUCUACCAUCUGCAGAGUAAAGUUCCGUCGUUUGUGCGAAUGCUAGCGCCGGCGUCCGCCCUGAGUAUCCACGAGAAAGCCUGGAACGCUUACCCCUACUGUCGCACAGUCAUCACUAAUGAAUACAUGAAAGAUAACUUCUUGAUCAAGAUUGAGACGUGGCACAAACCUGACCUCGGUCAUCAAGAGAAUGUACAUGGACUAGACCCUGAGACCUGGAAGAAGGUUGAUGUUGUAUACAUUGACAUUGCUGACAGAAGUCAGGUCGAGUCAAAGGACUACAAGCCUGAGGAGGACCCUUCAAAGUACAAGUCUGUGAAGACCGGCCGAGGACCGCUGGGCCCGGACUGGAAGAAAGAGCUGCCUAAGAAGACCGACUGCCCACACAUGACUGCUUACAAACUGGUCACGGUCAAGUUCAAGUGGUGGGGGCUGCAGAACAAGGUGGAGAACUUCAUUCAGAAGCAAGAGAAGCGCUUGUUCACUAACUUCCAUCGGCAGCUCUUCUGCUGGAUUGACCGAUGGAUUGAGCUCAACAUGGACGACAUCCGGCGAAUGGAGGAGGAGACCAGGAGGGAGCUGGACGAGAUGCGAGUGAAAGAUCCAGUGAAAGGAAUGGUCGCUCUUGAGGACUGAUGCAGGACCUUGCAAUGCUGCUGCUGCUGACAAUGAUGAUCAGACCCGUAUCUUAUGAACACCAGCGGCAUCACUCUCCUCAGUGGUCACGGUGAAACACCAACAUCAUGUCAACUUGGUCCAAGCCCCCGACCCCCUACCUUUGACCUUCAACCUCCGACCCCUCCUCCUCUCGGCGUGGGCCUCCCACAGGUCAACAAUUCCCUCCUGUCACCCCUCCUCGGUUCUAAAACGGAGCACUUCUGAUCAAAAAUGAGAAACAAAUUUUUAAAAAAGAUAGAAGUAACGUUUCAAAGUGUGGAACUGCCUCAGUGUCUCCGCAUCCUGCAGUAAUUAGUUGUUACAGCUAAGCCAUCUGUAGCAACCCUAUAGGUAUUUUAAGAUGUCAAACAUUUGAAAAACACAUACAUAUUAGAGAUAUGAAGACGUCAUUUCUUUUUAAAAAGAACAAAACAUGUUGUGUGUACAUAAAGUAUAUAUCAGAUAAUGAAUAUCACGAGAGCUGUACAAACAGGGUUUUUAAAAAAACAAGAUUUAAAAGUUUGUCUGUGUAUGUUCUUUUGGACCAAGCUGAAUCUUCUCAGUGUUAUGUUUUAAUCUCUGCGUUUUAUUUUAUCAUUUUGUUCCGAAUUGUAGUAAUAUUUCCUUUUAUUGUGCCGGCAGAUUACACCGUUUUCUCACAGUUACGUUUUAUUUUAUUUCUGUUGUUAUCGCCUUCCUCUCUUUCUAGUAAACAAAGAUGCUUGUUUCCUGUGCGUUGCCUGGCCUCUAAACCUUUGUCCAAUGUUGUUGUUCCCAGGCUGACAAUGUGGUUCUUACUUCAACUGGAAGAAUCACAUGGUUGCUAUGACAAGAGUGUGGGUGUUUGUGUGCACUAUAAAGGCAAAGAAUAAGUAUGUUAACUGUACUAUAUGAACAUACCCUCUUGUACUUCUAUUUCACUGGGUUGCAAGUAUGGUCUUAAUGUAGGUGGUGAGUCGUUUUAACCCGUGAGCGUGUUUUUUUGUGUUUUUUGGAGUCUGUGUUUCAUCAUACUGUAGCUAACCCCCCACACCCAACUUGUUUGGUCUUAUUGGCACAAACUGAUGCCUGGCCAGUUCUUCUCCUACACGGCGUCCUCCAGAGCAGAGCCUGGCUGUGGAGGGGCCCGGUCCAUGGUGCAAGUUCAGAACUGAGCCAGAACUAGUCCAAUGAAAGCUGUGUUCUGGGUUCUCUUAUCGUUCCCUGUCUGCCUCGGCCCCAUGUUUGCUCCAGUUACUGUUACGGGAUAGUGUAAGAGAUGGAUGCAGCCUCUAAGACACCAUUCAAGUGCAUGGGACACACUAGGUUGGUGGGCUUUUGUUUUGGUCUGUAGACAAUUUGUUUUUUAGAGGAGGACUGUUAGCCAGAGACAGUUGGUUAGGUAAGACCUAAAGGAAAUGAACAGACAAAACAUAACUAAACACAGGUCCGAAAUCUUGAAGUCAAACGUCACCCAGAGAGGUAUGUUACAGGUCUCCCUCAGCCUGUAGGAUGGAUUUGUCAGGCAACCACGGAAACCCCAGAAUUUCUGUUUUUGUAUUCUAUUCUUGCUGUUCCUCCGUUACUUAUCGAAAUCGAUAUUUGUCUAAGGUUCAGGCGUGGUCCGUUUUGUUGUGGCUUUUUGUGAAUAGAAACUCGAAACUUCAUAUUAGGUGGUGGCUUUCUCCUUUGACCUCGUCUGCCAUGACGCAUGGCAUCGCAUCGCAUCGCAUUGGAGCGAGGGAUAAGACGUCAUUUAUCCAGAGAGCAAUAACUUCCUCCUCUCAUCCAUCCGUCCCUCUAUCAGCACUCCACUCCAUGUCCAGACUGUCACGUUGAGAGUGGAGAGCUGACCACGCAGCCAGAGACCCAGAGAGUGGCUGACUCACCCACGACUACGGUCAGAUCAGAGCUACAGAGACGUGCCGCGCGGGGGGGAGCAAGAGCAAGGGUCAGUGCUGUGAGAGACCCACUGACGUUCGGGCGAGCGAGUGAGAGAGUGUGCGUGUUUUCCAGUAGCACUUGGUCUGUUUGUCUCUCUGCAGUGGGUGUUCAGUUUCAGGGUGUGUGUGUGUGUGUGUGUUUUUUUUUUUUUCGGUUCGUCUACAUCUUUGAUAGCGCUGCAUCAUCGGCUCCAGAUCUCACCCCAGCAGCUGCUCACAUUCUCUGGGAGACUGUACGGGGAAAAAAACAAACAAACAAACAAAUCCAUUAGCAAUAUUCACAACUUUAUGUCAUCCCUGAAAACGAAGAAACUAAAUAUAAAAGUGUAUGUAUUUAAUUGUAUAUAUUAUAUAAAUACGUGUAGAUGAACAUAUAUAUAUAUAGGCCAGACUGUCCUGCCAAACAACAGCACAUCCAUUCCUGCCCCUUCUGUCCCUCUGUAGUGGCCCUCGUGUGUCUGGGAUUCAGGGCUGCUGUGUCGUUACCGCGUCUGACUACACUGGCGGAGCUGAGGGCUGGUGCUCAAACGUUGACAUUGGAGAACAGAUAUAGCUCAGUGUGUGUGUGUGUGUGUGUGAGAGAGAGAGAGAGAGUGUGUGUGUGUGUGUGUGUGUGUGUGUGUGUGUUCUCAGCCCAGGAGUGGAAGGGAAGACCAGCUGUGUGAAUGAUAACGGCACAUUUUCACUGUCGAGAUCGAACGCACCAGAAACCAGAGUGUGAAGGAUGAGCCAUCGGCACCAAAGGGAAUUAAAAUGUGUUUUUGUUUUGGUCUGAUUGAUUUGUCACAUUUUGUUAUGUAAACAAACAGGUGAUAUUCCUUUGGUGUGAUUACACGUAGAGAACAAUGAUGUUGACUGAGCCUCUUCCUGAUACAGUAUGUCUCUUUCAUGCCAUGGUCCCUCCCCUUUUUGGCAGGAUGAUCUCUAAGUAUAUUUUUGUUCUGAAUGUUGUAUCUAUAUGUAAGUCCCUGAUCUUACACUAUGUUUAUCUCACACUGUGAAUAAUUUCUGCCCUUUACCCCUGGAAAAAAACAAACAUGUUUUCAACACGCACAUGAGUAAGACUCUUUUAAGGAGAAAUGUACCAAUAGCGAACAAUCAGGUGAACUUCUCUUGUGUCCUUUGAAGCAAGGGUCCAAAAAAGUUCAUUCAGUUAAGUGGAUGGGACUGGGCGAUUUCAAGAGACACUCACAUUGAUGUAGCAUUGAUAGAUUUCAUUAUAACUGCUGGUAGAAAUAUGAAUCCAUAAUACCAGUUACAAAUUUGGUCAUUUUGGAAAAAAAAGAAAUGGUUUUUAAAAGUCAUCUCAUCCACUCUCCUUCUCUCCUUGUCUCUCUCUCUCUUUCUCUCUGUCUGUCUCACUUUCUCUUGCCCUCCCUCUCUUUUUUCCUGUCAUCUGUUUUGUUUCUUUUACUGUGAAUUUGUGCCUUUUGUCAUCUAAUCUUCCAACAAAGCUGCAUUGGAGAUGUGAAAAAGAAAUAAAAAAUAACAGUGUGGUGA